GGUAAUCUCCCCUGCCUCUUUAACUUGAACUCCACUAAACUUACACUCCAUAUAUUCCGUCUAUAACAAUUAAUAAAUAUUUGCACUUAACAAUCCAUUGCCGAGAGUUACAUCAAUUUUUUGUCCAAACUAUGCACUUCAAACCACACCUUUCACUUUCACCCUUCUCUUUCAAACCCAAUUCUCUGAUUUUCUACUGCACUCAGAUCAUCCCUGAUAACCCAAAACCCUUCAUUCUCAAGCAAUGCAUUGCACUUUUGCAAGCAUGUGCUUCCUCCAACUACAAACUCAAACAAAUUCAUGCCUUUUCUAUCAAACAUGGCGUCCCACUAAACAACCCUCUUCUUGCCAAACACCUCAUCUUCUUUUCUGUUUCUCUCUCAGAAUCCAUGUCUUAUGCCCACAAAAUCUUCUCCCAAAUUCAAACCCCUUAUAUUUUCACCUGGAAUACCAUGAUUAGAGGGUAUGCUUUCAGUGAAAACCCUAAACCUGCCAUUGAUUUGUAUACCCAGAUGAGAGCUCAUCUUGUUGAGCCUGAUACACAUACUUACCCUUUUCUAUUGAAGGCAAUAGCUAAGUUGUUGGAUGUUAAAUUGGGUGAAAAGGUGCAUUGUGUUGCAAUUAAAAAUGGGUAUGAAUCCUUAGUUUUUGUGCAAAAUGGGUUAGUGCACGUAUAUGCUACUUGUGAAUGUCCUGAGAGUGCAUACAAAGUGUUUGAGAAAAUGCCUGUGAAAAAUCUUGUGACUUGGAAUUCUGUCAUUAAUGGGUUUGCUUUGAAUGGAAAGCCUAAUGAAGUUUUGAAGUUUUUUAGGGAGAUGAGCUUGGUGGGUGUUGAGCCUGAUGGUUUCACAAUGGUGAGCUUGUUAUGUGCUUGUGCCGAGCUUGGGGCAUUGGCAUUAGGUAGGAGAGUGCAUGUUUACAUGUUUAAGGUUGGUUUGAAUGAGAACUUGCAUGCAGGGAAUGCACUUCUUGAUUUUUAUGCAAAAUGUGGGAGAAUUAGGGAAGCGAAAAUGGUUUUUGAUGAGAUGGGAGACAGAAGUUUGGUGUCUUGGACAUCUUUGAUUGUUGGGUUGGCAGUGAAUGGGUUUGGAAAUGAAGCAAUUAAGCUUUUCAAAGAGAUGGAAAUGAGACAAUUGGCGCCAAGUGAUAUAACAUUAGUUGGAGUUUUAUAUGCUUGUAGUCACAGUGGUAUGGUUGAAGAAGGAUUUGAUUAUUUCAAUAGGAUGAAAGAAAGAUAUGGAAUUACACCGAGGAUUGAGCAUUAUGGUUGUAUGGUUGAUCUACUUGGUAGAGCAGGAAAGGUGAAAGAAGCAUAUGAAUUCAUUAAGGACAUGCCAAUGCAACCAAAUGCUGUUAUAUGGAGGACAUUAUUGGGUGCAUGCUCACUACAUGGGCAUUUAACUCUUGCACAAACUGCAAGGGCUAAAGUUUCAGAGUUAGACCCAAAGCAUUGUGGUGACUAUGUGCUUCUCUCAAACCUCUAUGCAUCCGAGCACCGUUGGACAGAUGUCCAUCAACUGAGAACCAAAAUGGUGGAGGAAGGAGUUAUGAAAACACCGGGAGUUAGCUUUGUUGAGUUGAGGAAUCGUGUUCAUGAGUUUGUUAUGGGAGACAGAUCUCAUCCUCAGGACAAAGAAAUAAACGCGAAGUUAAGAGAGAUUACAAAGGUUUUGAGAAUGGAGGGAUAUAUGCCUCACACAAUGAAUGUGCUAGCUGAUGUUGAAGAGGAAGAAAAGGAGACUGCCUUAACAUAUCACACUGAAAAAGUUGCUAUUGCUUUCAUGCUUAUUAAUACUUUGCCAGGAACCCCAAUAACAGUUUUCAAGAACUUGAGAAUAUGUGCUGAUUGCCACCUUGCUAUUAAACUCAUUUCCAAGAUUUAUGACCGUGAAAUCGUUGUAAGGGAUCGUAGUAGAUUCCACCAUUUCAAGCAUGGAUCUUGUUCUUGUACAGAUUAUUGGUGAUCAAUGAUCAUCAUUCAUUUGUGAGAUGAAAUUUUCCAAUACAAUUUUUUUUUUUUGCA